UGGCUCAGAGGACGUCCAGCGUAGGCUGAUGCUGACAUGGCUCCAGAAAAGGAUAGUAAUGGUCAUGACAACUAUGCAUUUGCACUUGAAGGACGCUUCUGUGAUCUACCUGACACGAAAAAAGAGGAAGAGCUGGACUCCUCCAUGGACGCAGAUGACAACAAGCUAGCAUAUUGUGUAACAGACGUACCUCCUUGGUACCUGUGCAUCAUUCUAGGCAUCCAGCAUUGCUUGACUGCAUUUGGAGGGAUCAUAGCCAUCCCAUUAAUCUUGUCUCAGAGCUUGUGUCUGCAACAUGAUGGCCUCUCACAGAGCCACCUCAUCAGCACCAUCUUCCUUGUCUCUGGUAUUUGCACUCUGUUGCAAGUCGCCUUUGGAAUUAGGCUGCCCAUCCUACAAGGUGGCACUUUCACAUUAUUGGCCCCCUCCAUAGCAAUGCUGUCCAUGCCAGAGUGGACUUGUCCUGCUUGGACCCAAAAUGCAAGCCUGGUUGACACCACCUCUCCAGAAUUCACCGAAGUGUGGCAGAGUCGAAUGAGAGCGCUCCAGGGUUCCAUUAUGGUGGGUUCGCUGUUCCAGGUGUUUGUUGGUUUCUCAGGCCUCAUUGGUCUCUUCAUGCGCUUCAUUGGACCUCUGACCAUCGCUCCCACCAUCUCUCUAAUCGGACUGUCUCUAUUUGACUCAGCUGGAACGAGUGCCGGAGACCACUGGGGCAUUUCUGCCAUGACCACAAUUCUGAUCAUCCUGUUCUCCCAGUACCUCCGCCAUAUACCCGUUCCUAUUCCUACGUACAGCAAAGACAAGAAACUGCACACCACCCGUGUUUACAUCUUUCAGAUUCUCCCUGUUUUGCUUGGAAUCACAUUAUCUUGGCUCAUCUGUUACAUUUUGACAACCUACAACAUAUUACCUACUGACCCGUCCCAGUAUGGAUAUUUGGCUCGCACUGAUCUAAAGGGAGAUGUUAUGAGCAAAGCUCCGUGGUUCAGUUUUCCAUACCCAGGCCAGUGGGGCACACCGACUGUGAGUCUGGCAGGAGUGGUUGGUAUCCUCGCUGGUGUUAUUUCCUCCAUGAUAGAGUCUGUGGGGGAUUACCAUGCUUGUGCCAGGCUCUCUGGUGCUCCACCUCCCCCUAAACAUGCCAUCAACAGGGGGAUUGGUAUUGAAGGACUGGGCUGCCUGCUGGCUGGAGCCUGGGGUACAGGCAAUGGUACCACAUCAUACAGCGAGAAUGUUGGAGCCCUUGGUAUUACAAAGGUUGGUAGUCGCAUGGUGAUAGUAGCAAGCGGAGUGUUGAUGGUCGUGAUGGGUGUGUUUGGUAAAGUGGGGGCUAUCUUCACCACCAUCCCUUCACCUGUGGUAGGAGGGAUGUUCAUGGUCAUGUUCGGUGUCAUCUCUGCUGCUGGGGUUUCUAACUUGCAGUAUGCGAAUAUGAAUUCAUCUCGUAACAUCUUCAUUUUCGGCUUCUCCAUGUUCUCUGGUCUGGUCAUUCCGAACUGGAUAUUAAAGAACCCCAAUGUUAUUGCUUCAGGUUUGGUAGAGCUUGACCAGAUGCUGCAGGUGCUUCUGACAACCAGUAUGUUUGUAGGAGGCUUCUUUGGCUUCAUCUUGGACAACACCAUUCCAGGAUCUAAGCAUGAACGUGGCAUUCUCGCCUGGAACAAGGCUCACGAGGACGACUCCAGCAACACACUGGAAAGUGGAGAAGUCUACAACUUUCCCUUCAGAAUCAACUCUUACUUGCCCUCCUGGUUCCGGUACAUACCAUUCUGCCCUUCUGAUGUGUCCGGCCCUCUGGAUACUAACUCACUGGAGCCAAAGCAGCAACUGGGAAACACAGAUCCGCCUCAGAUCAUUGUAGGAGUCGCUCUGUGAGCCGUGUAUCCAUGCCAUUUUGGGUAUUUUUUUUGUUUUACCAAAAGACUCCCUUCAGAGCCAGCUCAGUUCGUACCUCAUGUCUUCUUUUGAAGACAUUGUACUGUAACAAUGUGGUGCAAAGUACUUCACAUGACCUUUUGGAGUGUUAAUUGCAGAUGACCUUUUGUAUCAGAACUGCAUAUUAAUAAUAACAACUGCAUUAUUAGA